UGGGACCCGUCCGCGGCGCGUCUUGGUCUGGUCGCUACGAAACAUCUGCACCUGUCUCCACACAGCAUGAAUCUAGUGAUUUGUCCAGAGUUUUCGAUCGUCAUUGAAACAGCAUCUGAUCGUCAAGGGUCUUUGCAAUCUAACUGGCCCCCGAGAUCUUCGUCCAUACCACGAUAAGGGAUAUCGCCAACGGCGAACGCUCCAUAUCAUUGCAUACCAUGUCAUCGGCAUCCCAGGUUCAGAGCGGCUGCCGACAUGAGGCUCACCUCGAGUCAAGCUCUGUAAAGCUGCAGACAUGGGCUAGGCUCGGAAUCCAAGGGCGAUUCCGUCCCCACAAGGCAAAGCACGCAAGGCACAUCUGGUCUAAAAUUACGGGGCGCUUCGAGACGUCCACCAGGAGCUGUCUGCAGCAGGGCUCUCAUUUCCCCAGACUUUUGAACUCUACCCCGCGCGCAUCUCAAGGCACCAGGCACACACGGCUAGCAACAGGACGCCGAGGGCAGAUACCAUGUUUAGUAGGCAUGAUGUGCGCCCUGACGGGACGAACUGGAGUGCUUGUUACCUCAGAAAAAUCGCUGAGUGGGUGGAGCCGGACUCGAGCACACACGAGCGCCAAAGUAGUACCUCUGGCCGAUGCGUGUGUCUCUUGGCUUCACCGGCACGUGCACGACAACCAAUGCGGAAAACCAGCGGUUCAAUCAUCGGUCAGAAGCGCGAGCCGUCGGAGGAAACAUCUGAGACGGCGCCUCUACGAAGUAAACACGCCGUUCUGAAGGGCAUUGUUUUUGGGGUAUCAAAUUAGGCAGCCAUGCGAGAUGAGCGCCGACCAAGAUACCCGCGGGCAGAGCAGUAGCGGCGGAGUGGUGCUCAGCCACCAGGCAUUGGCUGCACGAUCAGAGAUCGUCAGGCGGAGCACUUGUCAUGGUAGUUGCAAACCGCUUAAGGGACUGACAUGAGACAAUUCAGGAGUAUGUACCUACGGGCGUUGCGGCCAGGACAGGCAGCGGG